AUGAGCAAAGACAAAGAUAUCAAAGUCACUCCUGGAACUUGUGAAUUAGUUGAACAAAUACUCGCCUUACUCUCCCGGUAUCUCUCAUCUUAUAUUCACGUGCUGAACAAGUUCAUCAGUCAUUUGCGAAGGGUAGCUACGCUACGAUUCGAGAGAACUACUUUGAUUAAAUUUGUUAAGAAAUUGAGAUUUUACAACGAUUGUGUGUUAAGCUAUAAUGCAUCAGAGUUUAUCAAUGAAGGUAAAAACGAAUUAGACCCAGAGGCGGAUUCGUUUGACAAGGUAAUUUUACCAAUAGCUUCAAUGUUUGUUAAAUGUGUUGAAACGUUUGACUUACUGAACUAUUAUCUAACGCAGUCAUUACAAAAGGAAAUUUUAUCUAAAACUUUGAACGAGGACCUAACGCUAACAGCAGAGUCCAUAUUAGCCAUUGACGAUACCUACAAUCAUUUCGUGAAAUUUUCUCAAUGGAUGAUUGAGUCUUUGCGUAUAGGCAGCAACCUGCUAGAUUUAGAAGUUGUUCAAUUUGCCAUUAAAUGCGCAGAUGAGGACGGAACGAAUAUCGGAGAAACUGAUAAUAUCUUCUUGCAGGAGAUUCUUCCUGUCAACUCCGAAGAAGAAUUUCAGACCUUGUCAGCUGCGUGGCACUCCAUUUUAGAUGGUAAGCUGAGCGCCUUGGACGAAGAAUUUGAUGUUGUCGCUACUAAAUGGCAUGACAAAUUUGGUAAAUUGAAAAACUGA